CCAGUUUCCAGUCCUCCUUAGACCAGACCUUGGGCCUCCCACAGGCUUGUGGGGGAAGGGGCUGGUUUAUCUCACCCGGCUGCUUGCACUCAGGAAGCUGGGGGUGGGGGUCCAGCCAGGCAGGAAGCCCGAGGUCAGCUGGCCAGAGCUCAGAGGAGCCGGCACCCAGCCCCGGCAAUAUGUGGGCGCUCUUGCUGCUGUGGCCCCUAGCACUGGGGUUCAGCCUGGAUGGCAGCCAGGCCCCCAUUAUCUACGAUGACGAGGGGAGCACGGAGGCAGGUGAUGACAGCACACGGAGGCCCGGUCCACGCAGCUUCCCCGGCCAGCCCUGUGCCAAUGACAGCAACACUCUGGAGGUUCCAGGCAGCUCUCGGGCACUGCUGCUGGGCUGGGUGCCCACAAGGUUGGUACCCACGCUCUACGGUCUGGCCCUGGGAGUGGGGCUGCCCGCCAACGGCCUGGCGCUGUGGGUGCUGGCCACGCGAGUGCCACGGCUGCCCUCCACGGUGCUGCUGAUGAACUUGGCGGCGGCUGACCUGCUGCUGGCCCUGGCGCUGCCGCCACGCAUCGCCUACCACCUGCGGGGCCAGCGCUGGCCCUUGGGCGAGGCCGCCUGCCGCCUGGACACGGCCGCGCUCUAUGGUCACAUGUACAGCUCCGUGCUGCUACUGGCUGCCGUCAGCCUGGACCGAUACCUGGCCGUGGUGCACCCACUGCGGAGCCGCGCCCUGCGAGGCCAGCGCUUGGCCAUCGGGCUCUGCAUCUCGGCCUGGCUGGUGGCAGCCGCCCUGGCGCUGCCUCUGGCGCUGCAGCAGCAGACCUUCCGGCUGUCGCGCUCGGACCACGUGCUGUGCCACGACGUGCUGCCCACCGGCGCCCAGGCCUCCUACUGGAGGCCCGCCUUCACCUGCCUGGCAGUGUUCGGCUGCUUCCUGCCGCUGCUGGCCAUGCUGCUGACCUACGGGGCCACCCUGCGCACGCUGGCGGCCAGUGGCCAGCGCUACAGCCACGCGCUGAGGCUGACCGCACUGGUGCUGGCCUCGGCCGUGGUCCUCUUUGCGCCCAGCAACGUGCUCCUGCUUCUGCACUACUCAAACCCGGGCCCCGACGCCUGGGGGGACCUGUACGCCGCCUACCUGCCCAGCCUGGCUCUCAGCACCCUCAACAGCUGCGUGGACCCCUUCAUCUACUACUACGUGUCGGCCGAGUUCAGGAGCAAGGUGCGGGAGGGGCUGCUCCACCGGGUGCCUGGUGCGGCCACAGCUGCUUCCAGGGAGGGGUGCAGCCCGGUGACCGGCACCCGGUCCUCCUCGCUUGUGUGACAGCACCUCCGUAAGCGGGACAAACAGAACGGAGGCUGCGCUGGGUUGAAGCGGGUCCCCUCCCGAUUCGUGUCCGCCGAGAACCUCCAGAGGUGAGCUUGUUUGGAAAUCAGAACUUUGCAGGUGUAAUUAGUUAAGAUGAGGUCACAUUGGUGUCGGGUGGGCCCUAAAUCUGAUGUGACUAGUGUCCUUAGAAGAAGAGGACACGUAGACACAUACAGGGAAGAAGGCUAUGUGACCGUGGAGGCAGAGAUGGGGAUGCCCACAGACUGCUGGCAGCCACCAGAAGAAGCCAGGAGAGCAGCCUGGGACAGACUCUCCCUCAGAGCCCCAAGAAGGAGUCAACUUGCCCACACCCUGAUCUCAG